AUGACGAAGUGGCACGCCAAGCGGCUGCUCAGGACGCAGCAGCAGCACUACGGUGUGCGACCAACCGACGGCACCGGCGACCACCACGCGACCACGACCACGGCCGCCGCCGCCGAGGAGGGCGCUGUGGUGGUGGUGGAAGAGGAGAAGCGGCGGGGGCUGGAGGGCAGCGGUGGGAGCGGGAGCAAGAAGAAGAAGAAGGGGGCCAAGGACAAGAAGGCGCGCAGGAAGCGGCGGAAGGAGCGGGAGAAGAUCGAGCGCGAGUGGGCGAAGCUGCGGCAGGAGCGCGAGCGCCUGGCCCUCGAGCAGCAGGCGGCCCCGCCCAGCAAGCGGAGCAUCGCCGACCUCGAAUUCCGCGAGCUGAACGUGGCCGACAUCGAAUGGGAGGACCACGUGCUGGCCCACGGCAGGUUCGGGGUGGUGUACCGCGGGCGGUGGCGCGGGGUGGAGUGCGCCCUGAAGCAGCUCCGGGUCGACGUUUCCGCCGAAAGCGACGAGACGGAGCGCCUCCUCCGGGCCUUCAAGAAGGAGGCCUCCCUCAUGCAAGCGCUGGGGUACCAUCCGAACUGCAUCUGCUUUUUCGGGGCCGUCACCCUGGGCGGGCGGCUCUGCCUGGUCUCCGAAUGGGCCGCCAACGGGUCGGUGUACGACCUGCUGGUCAAGAGGAAGGAGGAGGUGCCCCUCAAGACGCUCGUCAAGCUGGCCCGCGACGCCGCCUGCGGCAUUCUCCAUCUGCACUCGGAAAAGGUGAUCCACCGGGACAUCGCAGCGCGUAACGUGCUGGUGGGGCAGGACUACACGGGCAAGAUAUCGGACCUGGGCCUGUCGCGGGUGAUGACGACCACCACCAUGACCACCGACUCGGCGGGCAACAGCAACAUCGGCGCCAUCAAGUGGAUGAGCCCCGAGAGCAUCACCACCAACGAGUACAACGAAAAGUCGGACGCCUUUUCCUUUGGGGUGUUCCUGUGGGAGCUGCUGACGCGCGAGAUGCCCUGGGGCAACAUGCCCGCCAUGCAGGUGGCGCUCCUGGUGGUCAACGAAGGGAAGCGCCUCGUGACGCCAGAGGACUGCGACCCGGUGUUGCGAGGGCUGGUGGAGAAAUGCUUCGCCAGUGCGCCGCACGACCGGCCGGACUUUCACGAGAUCUUUGCCACGCUGGACAACUACCACAAGUGCCUCGUGGAGAACGACGCGCGGGCUCCGCUGCUGCCGCUGCCGCCGCCGGACGGUGGCCUCCCGGCCAGCAUCGCGCGCCGGCCCGCUGCGGCCAAGAGCGGCCGAGUUGGUGGGCCUGGGCGGAUGAGCGAGGAUUCUUCGGAUUCCACGGACGACGACAGCAGUUCCAGCAGCGGCCACGGCGGGUUCGAGGAGGACAUGAUCCUCCAGUAUGCCCGAGUUGGCGGUGGCGGCGGUGUACAUACAUAA